AUGGCGAUCUUUGGAGACAAGACUGUAACUUCCAUCACUAUCAAAAUUAACCAGCUCUCGAAGAAUAGAGAUGAUAUUGAUGAUAGUAUGGAAUUAUAUUUAGCGGAUUUGCUUGAAUUGAUCAAAAUUCAACCAAAUUCAGGAGCUACGGAAGCUGCAAGAGCUAUAAGGAAAAAAAUCAAGUAUGGCAAUUCGGUGAGUGAACAGCUCCGCGCAUUGAAGUUAUUGGAGCUUUUGCUCUUGAAUUCGGGAAGGAAAGUUGGUCCCACUAUUGCGCGCGACGAUAAGCUUCUUGAAGUGUUGAAGGGAAUCCUCACUGGGCACGGAAAAUUGGCCAACGGAGGUAAUUAUGACCGUAAAGUUCGCAAUCGUGUACUUGGCUUGGCAAUUGGCUGGAAAACCGAAUUUGAAGGAUUAGAAGGGUACAGUUCUGCGCAACAAUUAUACAGGUGCUUGCCAAAGCUGACAAUAAGGAAACUUGAAAAGUCACGACGCAACAGAAACGAUGUUUUUGAGCAAGACUAUGACUACGAUGACGAUAAUGACUAUGACGAUGAUGAUGAUAAUGAUAACAACGAUAAUGGUGCAGACCCAUAUGCCGAUGAUUUUGAGAUUUCUGAACGAGGCUCAUCAAAACUGUCUCAAUCAUCUAUUCCACCUUCCAAUUCACGCUAUAUGAGAUCUCCCAAAGCACCACCGCCUCCACGUCCAAGCACCAAAUCUCCAUAUUCAUUAAAAAAGAGAGACAAGAAUGACAAGACGAAGACGACAAAUGCUCAAAAAAAGAAAAAGAAGAAAAAGAGAUCAAAAAACGGCAUCAUUUAUGCAGAUGAACAGUACGGCAUACCCCAAAUCAACUACAGACUGGAAGCACCAAAAAUAGAUUUAUUGUUAAACGAAUGCAAUAUUAGUUGUAUUGAACUCAAUAACAAACUCAUUUAUUCACCGGAAGUUGACGACGAGAUUUUACAAAUAUUUGAAAAAUGUAAGAAAUUAAGACGCAGUGUAUUGAAAUACCUACAAUUUGUUGGUGCUGGUGAUCCCAGUGAGAAAUCAAGCGAAAUGGUUGAACAAGAAGAGAAAUUUCUCGCUAGGUUAAUAUAUGCUAAUGAACAACUAGUUGAUUCGUUUAAGAAGGUCGAUGCCAAGUCUGGUCGUGUUUCUGCUUCACAGUAUGAUGAAGAUGAGGAAGAAGAAGAAAGUGAGUCAGAUGAAAGCUAUUAUACUAGCGAUGACACUGAAGAGGAAGAGGAAGAGGAAGAGGAGGAGGAGGAGAGGAGAGAGAAGAAGAAAGAAAGAGAGGAAAAUGAUCUGAUUGCUGCAAGGCUACAGUCUGUGACCAUGGACGGAAAUGAAAGGGUAUCACAUCCAUCAUUAUCACGAGUGGCCAACAAACUACAAAGUGGGUUUAAUGAAAGAAAACCAAGACCACGCCUUGAAAAGGCUGAUACUACGGAGUCUUUAGAAGGCAAUCCGUUUGGUGAUACAAAUGUUGUAUAA